AUGAAUUACUACAGAAUUCUAGCUGGAUGGUUUAUCCUCUUCAUGAAUAGUUCAUUCAUUCAUACCGAUGAGCAAAUAUCAAAACUUAAUAGCAGCAUAAAUCUGUUAUCAGCACAAGCUUAUGUUGGAGCUGAUGGCUACAUAAGAUGUAUAAUAAAAAUCGAUCCAGAACCUACCAGCAAUUGUAACAAAAAAAAUGUAGCGAAGCAAUGUAAUAUAUGCCCAGAGGAACUGUGUCCUGGAUGUCGAGAUUCUCCAGAUAAAACGUGCUGGGAUUGCUGGUUUAGAAAUGGUGAAAAAUUACCGAUGCAAGAGCCCAAUAAAUAUGAUUACGACAUUUCUCAGAAUCAUCCCUCUGGUCAACACCUGUCUCAAUACUAUGAAUUUCACCUUAUCAUUAGAAAUGUCACUGAAAAGGAUGCUGGAUAUUACAAUACUGAACUAAAAAGAUUAUGCGAAUAUGAAGGAAGUUUUUCAAAUCAUAGCACUAAACUAACGAUAAAAGGUGCCGUAAUGACUAAUAUAAUAUCUAUCUUUGAUUUGUAG